AUGGUUACGAAGAAAAGUGUCGACAUAGAAAAAGAAAAACUUGCGAAAAACAUGUACUCGAGCUCGAGCAGCGCCGGGACGGGCAUUCCGGCCAAGGCGUCCGGCACGGGAGUGGGCAGUGGCAGCUCCGGCACUGCGGUCGUAAGCUUCAGCGCCACCACGAUGGCCAACAGCAGCAGCCACAUGGCGCAGCAGAUCCUACCCCACGGUGGCCAGGAUGCACCGAACAUUCUGGUCUACAAAAAGAUGGAGGCCAUCGUCGAGCGCAUGCAAACGGAGGGGACAGGCGUGUCGGUGCGCACGGUGAAGGCGUUCAUGAGUAAGGUACCGUCGGUGUUUACCGGGGCCGAUCUGAUCCAGUGGAUCAUGGCCAACCUAACGGUGGACGAUAUUAGCGAGGCACUUCAUCUGGCCCAUCUGCUCGCUUCCCAUGGGUACCUUUUCCCGAUCGACGACCACCAGCUGACGGUGCGAAACGACGGCACGUUCUACCGCUUCCAGACGCCGUACUUCUGGCCGUCUAACUUCUGGGAACCGGAGAACACCGACUACGCCAUCUAUCUGUGCAAGCGCACGAUGCAGAAUAAGACGCGCCUAGAGCUGGCCGACUACGAGGCUGAGAACCUGGCCAAGCUGCAGAAGAUGUUCUCGCGCAAGUGGGAGUUCAUCUUCAUGCAGGCUGAAGCACAGAGCAAGGUGGACAAGAAGCGCGACAAACUCGAGCGCAAGGUGCUGGACUCGCAGGAGCGCGCCUUCUGGGACGUGCACCGGCCGAUGCCGGGCUGCGUUAACACGACCGAGAUGGACAUCAAGAAGGCGUACCGGAAAGGCGCUUCGACGCUCGGAUCCGGUUCGGCCGGGACGGCCGCCCACAGCAAUCCGGCGGAAACGAUGGCCAAGACGAUUACGCUGCUAAAGCAGAAGCUGGACCGGCGCACGAUCAAGGUGUCCAAGGUGGCCGAAUCGUACAUUUCGUACUACGAACAGUACAGUGAGUUCGAUUACUUCCUUUCGACGUCGGACCAUCCUAACCCGUGGCAAACGGAUAACACCGAGUUUUGGGAUGCCGAGAAGCUUGGCAAGGACAUACCGAUGAAGCGAGUUAAACGUUGGGGUUUUAGCCUCCGGGAGCUGCUCAACGAUCCGGUCGGAAGGGAACAGUUCACCAAAUUUUUGGACAAAGAGUUUAGCGGAGAAAAUUUAAAAUUCUGGGAGGCAAUACAGGACAUGAAGGCAUUGCCGCAAUCACAGAUAAAGGACGCGGCGCAGGCCAUCUGGAACGAGUACCUCGCGCCGGACGCCGCAUGCCCGGUCAACAUCGACUCGAAGUCGCUCGAGCUCGCCCGGGAGGUGGUGAAGGAGGGUGCGGCCCAGCCGAGCCGCUGGUGCUUCGACGUUGCCGCCGAUCACGUGUUUUAUCUCAUGAAGAGCGACUCCUACUCGCGCUUCCUGCGUUCCGACAUGUAUAAAGAAUGUCUGAACGGCUCGAAAAAGAAGACCUCCGUUAAAGGACUUCGAAUAUUUUCCGGAAGAAAAGACACGCCUGUGAUAAAUUAACUUUUGCCUCGUUACGUGCUAUUUUCAUUCUUUUGAAAAAAUGUAUACAUAUUUUUUAGGGACAUAAUAUUUACAACUUCCAGGGAAAAUAAGUGCGUCUUUGUUAAAAAAAAAAUAACAAGAACUAGUGAACAAAUUUUAAUUUGUUUCAAGUAAUCUUCCGGAUUUCUGAAAUGUACGCAGUUUUGAAACGCUAGCAAAACAAAUGCCAUGUUUAAUAAUACCAUACAACACUUGAAGCCACCAGCCAUGCUUGAUUGCAGAAAUUACACAACAUAUAUAUAUGAGUAGCAAGCAAGAGUCACAGUGGAGGUAUGUUUAGACAAAAAAUAUACACUACAUAGGAAAAUGAAAGCAGAACUGUACGGUUAUCGUUUUUAGAGUAUUAAAAUGGACGCCCGGGAUUAGAAGAUUGUGUAGCCCGUUAAAACAUGAUUUCAUAGUUACUACCUGGAGUUUAAAAAAGAUAACUCACGUAUUAGCUUUAAAGUAACAACAUGUUCCGGCAAUGGAUGGGUUUUUGGUUCCAGAUCCGGAGGUCCCAAGGCAAUGAUUGUUCUUCUUAUAUAUCUUAGCAAAAGAAACUGUGUCUAUCGGGUAUUCAGAUUGUGAUGUGUACAUAGUGUUAGCCGUAAAGAAAUCAAAUUGGAAACAAGCAUAUUAAAGAAACAUAGGAACUAGGAUGUUUCAAAAAACGAACCCCCCUUGGCUAUCAGCUGUGUAAUGUUACUACUAAGACAAUCUUAUUUUUCGCGGGGAGCAGAUGAAAUGUAAUCCCAUCAAUGUCGGUCUCUUGUCCCGCGUGCUGAUGCAGUUAAAAUAUAUAUUAAUAUAUAUCCUACGCUACGAUUACGUUUAGAUCUCUAACUACCGCUUCUACUCUAACGUGUUGUUAAAUAUCGACGUUUUAAAAACGACAUUACCCACCACCGUUCGUAAACAAGAAAGACAAACAAAAAAUAGUGAGAAAUGUUUUAAAACAAAACGAUUACAGAGACUAGACUAGUUGAUUAUGGUUAGCGUAUGUGAGCAACAUUUUAAAAAAGACUCAAAAUCGAAAUGUGCUUAGAUUAGGAAACUCUUUAACAUCGUAAACAAAAAAGACGACCCGCAUGGAUGAAGGUUAA